AUGGGUUCAAAGACCAAAACUUUUACCUUUGAGGAGGUGGCUAAGCACAAUCACAGGAAGGAUUGUUGGAUUAUAGUCAAAGGGAAGGUGUAUGAUGUCACCUCAUUUUUGGAUGAUCAUCCGGGAGGUGAUGAAGUUUUAGUGACCGCCACCGAGAAGGAUGCCACCACUGAUUUUGAAGAUAUUGGCCACAGUGAGUCAGCAAUUGAGAGUAUGGAAACAUACUUUGUUGGGGAGGUUGACACCACUUCGCUUCCAGCAAAAGUUACCAACAACACUCCACUCCCACCAACACAAGCACCUGUCCACAGCAAUCAAUCUUCUGGAUUUGUGAAGAUCUUGCAGUACCUAGUGCCAUUACUGAUAUUGGGCCUUGCAUUUGCUCUGCAGUACUAUGGCAAAAAAAACAAUUCCACUAAAUCAGAAAAUUAA